AGUGAGAGACGGGGACCUGGGCGAGUAGGAGCGACAAGUAUCACGGGCCACGCUGGCCACCACUCUGAGUUGACUUUGGAAUGGAUUGUUGUUGUUGUUGUUGACUUGUUGACCCUGAAAAAAGGGGCCAAAUGUGGGUCCAACGACGCUGGUCAAACCAGCUUAGUCACCAUCACUUCCCUGGCGCAUGCCCAGAUAAGAUAAGAGAUUGGGCUCGCGAACGGACCUGGCCCUCUUCAACUCACAGCUGUCCUUUUCUGGCAUCCCGAGUGCACUUCGUUGUCUCGAUACACAGUGACAGCGACGAAUUGUUUCGACCAGAGUGGUACCCAUUGCCGACGGUACUUUCGAGCAUAUUUCUACGUGCGGGUUCGAAACAGUCAUCCAUAAUCCACCGUCAUCGAUAUCCUGCGGCACCUGAUUCCAUCCCCAAGUCUCGGCCCCUGCACUGCCCCAGCUCUUCAACACGCACCCUCACCAAGCCGGCAAAUAGCCCGCUGCCGCAGCCCACAAUGUCAGACCUCGACACCUUCGACUUCAUCCCGCUCCAAAUCGACCCCAAGUCCAAAGCCAUCAGCGCCCCCAACGCCAGCAAGGCCCUCGAGGCCGAGCUCGCGGCGCUCAACGCGCUGCACCGCUCGCUGCACGCCCUCGAGGCGCCGCACGUCGUGCCGCCGCCGCCGGUGCCCGUCAACCCGAAGCGCAGCGCGCACCUGAACAAGCUGCGCGAGACCGGCAACGCCGAGUACCGCAAGCAGCGCUACGCCGACGCGAUCAAGUUCUACACGCUGGGGCUGCAGAUGGCGCUGACGCGCCCGGCCUGGGAGCCGAGCCAGCUCGUGCGCGAGGAGGCGCACGCGCUGUACAGCAACCGCGCGCAGGCGCACAUGCAGCUGGGCGCGUGGCCCGAGGCCGCCGCCGACGCCGAGGCCAGCGUCGAGGCCAAGCGCCAGGGCAACGCCAAGGCUUGGUUCCGCCGGGGCCGCUGCCUCGUCGAGAUGGGCCGGCUCGCCGAGGCGAGGGAGUGGGUCGCGCGCGGGCUCGAGUUCGAGGGCGAGGAGAAGGAGCUGAUUGAGUUGUUGAGGGAGAUUGAUGGCCGGCUGGCGGAGGAGAAGGAGAAGAGGGAUGCGUGAUGGGGCGAGAGGGGGCAGGAGAGAGAGGACGUGGGGUUGGAAUGGGCUCGUAUCACGGCAUUGAGCACGUAUUCGGCUGAUGGGAAGUAGAGCAGCAGUGUGUACCUUUUCGCUCCAGGCAC